AUGAAGUAUUUUCAGAAUGGAUUAAAUCAAAUAUGUUAGUAAAUAAUAAGACCAGCUAGAGCAGAAUACACAAUUUAUGAUUUAUGUAUAUUUUCAUAAGUAUUUGAUCAGCUUCUUAUUAGAAUUAAGAAGAAACUCAAUACAAAAGACAAGAUUUUGAUAUAAUAAAUCCUAGAUAAGAAGUGAUCAAAGUUAGCUAAUACAUAGGGCAAUAAAAAAGUGACGUUUGCAUUAUUUAUUUGCAUACUGCUAAUGGUUCUAGAAUGGAAAUAACUAAAUAUAUAUCUAUGAUAAUUAAAAAUGGCUUUAGUUUGAUUUCGUUUGAUUUCACUGGAUCUGGUAUGUCAGAUGGAGAAUUUGUCACUUAUGGAUAUAGAGAAGUAGGAGAUUUACAAACUGUUAUUACUCAUUUUUAAUCAUCAUAUAAAUAAAUAAUACUAUGGGGUAGAUCUAUGGGUUCUGCUGUUGCCAUCUAAUAUAUGCAAAAAUUCAAUAAUUAACUUAUCAAAGGUAUGAUCUUGGAUAGUCCUUUCGUUUGUUUAUUAGAUGUAAUAAUUUACUAAAAUAGGUUAUUCUAUAAAUGGCAUCUAAUAGAACUAAUAUUCCUAAUUUUAUUUUAAAGACCCUUUCAACAUUUGUAUCAAAUGAACUCAAAAAAUAAGCUGGAUUUUAAUUACAUGAAAUUAAUUGUCUUAAAAAAAUUACCUAAAUCAAAUGCCCUGCUAUUUUCGUGACUUCCAAAUAGGAUACUAUUGUACCACCAGAGUAAACUGAAAAACUUUUUAAAGCUUACACUGGUAUCAAAUAAAUAUAAUACACUAACCAAUAACAUAAUUCCAUCAGAGACUCUUCCUUUAUCGAAUCUCUUAUUAAUUGGUUUAAAAAGCGAACCCCUAUAUUUGAGAGAUUAGGGGUUGGAAGUUAAAUUAAAUAGAGAAUUAUGCACAAACAAAAAAGUACUUUGGGAUCUAUUAAGUAAGUUUCUUUGGAUUUAUAUAAAGAAAGAUCUUCAACAUUAGAAUGUUUUUAUAUUACUAUAAAUUUUAGAUUAAAGAAGUCUUAAUACUUCAAUCUCUCCAAGGUAGAAGAUUAUGAAUUAGAAAUAACUAACUGCUGAAGAGAAGUAUAAUUAAUUAUUGGAAACCUAAAGAUCUCUUUAUAAAGAUCGAUCAGCAUCUGCAUAAAGAAUUUAAAUAAGCAAUUCUAUCGAUUAUUAGAUGUCUCCAAUGCCUUUAGCACCUAUAAGUAAUAAAAUAAUGAGUUCUUCUUAACAUAAUUAUUUUUCUCAUUCAAAACCUAUUAGUUUUAUAAAGGUUCCUAAUAAGACAAAAGAUUGCAAGCAUUUUUGA